AUGGCGAUCUGUACUUAUAACGCACGUACGCUUGCAUCAGAAGCGGCCAUCGAAGAUCUGAUGAUGCAAGCCAAGAAGAUCAAGUACAACGUCAUCGGACUGAGCGAGACGAGACGACGUCACCCUCUCAACGCCGUAUAUGAAACUGGAGAAGAACUGUUCUUAGGAACAUGCAACAGUAGAGGUGUUAAUGGAGUUGGCGUCCUCGUCAACACGAGUAUGGCAAAGAACAUCGACUCCUUCGAAUAA